UCACCGUCGUUUGCCUGGGAGUCGCCGUCGCCACCGCAACUGCCUUUCGCUGCGCUGCUCGGUCCGCCUCGUCGACGUCGCCAUCGCCCUAAUCCCAUCCGGCCCAAUUCCCACCGGUGGAAUUCUCUCUCCAGCUCACGAAGUUCUCUUCUCCACCUCCCCUUCUGUCCCGCUCAAGGACGAAGAAGAUGAGAAAGAUCCAUUGUUCUGUUGGCGGUCGCGCGCCUGCUCUGAUUCUCGAUCCGUCCCGUCAUCGCCGCCAUGCCUGCUCGGUGCGCCAAUCGGGUUCCAUCGUCUAUGCUGCUGCUGCCGAGCGAUGGUGAGGAGGAAGAAAUAACAGCUCGGUCCGACCCGGCCGUCGCCUCUAUUUCUUCUUCGUCCUUGAGCGGAGUAGCAGCGGAAGAGAAUUCCGCCGGCGAUGAGCAGACGGAUUUAGGGCCAUGGAUUGGGGGCGACGAGCAGAGGGAGGAAUCUUCAACGGCGACGAGCAAAGGGCGUGGGCCCGGCAACGAGCAGAGCCAAGCUGGGGAUUAGGGCGAUGGAUUGGGGGCGUGGGUGAGGAGUCUUCCGCCGUCGCCAAACAGAGGGCGUUGGAGGGGCGACGAGCAGUUGGGGCGCUAGGGAUUAGGGUGAUGAUUGGGGCGACCGUUCUAGAAAUUGGGGGUAGUAUUGUCUGUUUGGUUAAUUUAGGGCGAUAUUUUUAAAAAGUUAGGGCGUUAAAUAGAAAUCCAGUUUUUUUGGGGGGAGAACAGCAUGGUUGUCAUGGCACUGUCAACUGGUUCAACCUGUGUCGGUAAUAAAACUGGCAUGACACCAACAGUAUAAUCGGUUUGAUCGACUUGUGCAUUCUAAGCAAAAUGACAUCACUUUAAUGAAUUUAACUAAUAAAA